UUUCAUGCGCGAGCUCUGCACGAGUAACUCCACCAAGCCUCGCGCACAGUGUUUGUUGUUCUCCACUUUAUUUAAGUAAGCAAAGAUAAGAAUGAACUGGACGGCGCUGAACAGCACGGACGCGGGUGUCCACUCCGGGAGCGCUGAGACUUUUCCCGCGUGCUGCGCGUGGUCCUCAGGUGCCCCAGACUCCGGUUUGGACCCGGGCGGUGCGCACGAGCGCGACUCCUUCGCCCCGAACAUGGUGCAGGUCGCCGUGGUGUGCGUGCUCUCACUCACCGUGGUCUUCGGCAUCUUUUUCAUGGGCUGUAACCUGAUGAUUAAAUCAGUCGGCAUGAUAAACUUCCUCGUCACGGACAGAAGAUACUCCAAGGACGUCGAGGCGGUUGUAGUGGGCUCGUAGUGGAAAGAUGUGUCCAUGCGGAUGUUCUCAAAUGGACGCAUAUGAUCAGAUGCUCUGAGGAUAUUUGGGAUUUUCAUAGUGGUGCAUGGAAGAGGAAAAAACUUUAUAACGCACACAGUUGAAUGAAUAACCUGCCAUGGCAUGGUGACAUUCCCUGGUGUUAGCUAUUCUGCACUGGAUGAUUUAUUAAAAAAUCUUAGAAAACUGCUUUGUUUUAAUGCAACCUGGACUGAUAAAAGAUGCAACCGAUUAAACAGUCCCAAUAUUACAGAGUGUCAGUAAGAUUUCUGGACAUUUCUGUGCUUCUGAAAAUGUGAUACUCCAGUCUCGAAUGGAUGUACACCUUGUUGUACUAUGCUCUUGUUGUACUCUUCUUCAUCCAUGAGUUAUUUGUACUUGAGUGCGUGUACUUUAACUUUUUAACUCUACGAAACUCUCACAAUAUUUACAUUCUACCUAUGAUGAAAGAUGACAUUAAUUAUUAUUCUUAUUAAUGGAAAAGAAAGUUAAGAUUUAACAGCAUGCCUAAUAUCUUGCAUCUCAAAGGCCAUAUUGAUACUAUGUAGACAAAUCCUUGAUCUGUCAAGGCUCCUAAAUGGGGAGAAAAAGUAUUUAAAAUAAAUGUACUUUUUUUUCAGAGUAGUUUUUGUUAUAGAAAUUAUGUCAUAGGAAAUAAUGUAAUAUAUGUGAAACUUAAACAAUUUGUUUAUUCUAAUUGCCUGGUUGUUGUUUAAAUCGUAAAACUGUAAACCUCCUGGUCAUGUAAUGUACAACCCUUUAACAGUAGCACAAACAUGAGUUAAUUUCCAUAAUGCAUGGUCAUCCUUGGCUUUAAUGUUGGGAUUACAGUGAUUCUCCAUGACCUCAGUGCAAUUUCUUUGUCAUCGUUGCAGUAAAUGAGAGCGCAGAAUGAAGGGAAAUUAACUUGGAGUUGAAAUAAAAUUAGUGGCCACAGCAACUGGCCAAAUACAAUUAUAUGUCUGUAAUGAUCUGAAAUAAUUGUCAUCUCAUAGCUGAUUAUUGCUAAGAAUAAAAAAAAGAGAUGUAAUUGUGCACCUGUUAAUAAACACUAUUAGAAUUAAAGAGCACCCAUGAAUUUGUAGGUGGUGUCAAUAGCAAUAAAAAGGCUAUUAGUAGUGCAGAGAAAAUUCCAAAAGUACACACAGUGAUUCAGCCACUUCAUAAUUCCAAAUAUCUGAGUCACUUUUGACUCCAUUGGCAGUUGUAAUCUUGGAGCCUAAACACUGCUGAAUGAAAAACUUACAAAAAACUCACAAUGACCUAAUGCAUUGUGUCAAUGCAUUAGGUCAUCCAGGGGCAGCAUUUGAACGUGUACAACUGUAAACAGAUGAGAAGCUGUUCUGUUUAGAACCAGAGCCAAGUACUGGGAUGUAUAUACAUUAUUGACAAACAUUGUAACUAAAAAACAGCCACAGCUACAGAAUUAAAAUCUGUACUUGUUUAUUGAUAUGUAGCAUAUUUCCAAAAUUGAAUUUCAAAUUAGUGCAUCUCAUGUGCUUAUACAGUAUGUACUGCAGCCUAUAAUCAGGUGAAGAACUACAUUUAGUGUGAUUUGUAUAUUUUCAUGUAUUUUUGUUUUAUUACUUUUGUGUAUUUGUAUUUUCACACAAUCUGUUUUUCCCCUCAUCAUUCUACAUACAAUACUCCAU